AUGCCGAUACUUUAUUUCUAAUUAUCUGUUAUUUCGAAUGGGUGAUUUAAUUGUGUCUGAUUUAAAAGAAUAGGCUGGUAGCAACGAGAACGUUCGUCGAUUUGACUAGCGGCAACGUAACGUACUCGUAAUUAUAAUUUCUUUCACAGACCCGAUGCGUACGUUUAUCCCCUAACUGCGUCUUUUAUUUUAUGCAUAUGCGCUGACCAAUAAUGAUGAAUGAACAUUAGGUAACGGACAGUGAAUGGUGAGAGGCACACUGAGCAACAUACAGAUGAAAUGCCAGAGUAGAGAGUAAAGCUGUGAAUAAAUGUACGAAGGAGUAAACGGGUGCGUUUUGUGCUCUUGGCCUGGAUUGGGACCGCGCCGCGCCGCGCAGUGAUCUCCGCUCCGCGUGCUGUCCGCGAAACUUGUUUACGUUUUGAAGCCGCCAGCCAACAACAACAUGGCGUCGUGUGUGCUUCGUCGUCUGCUAGCAGCAACGUCGUUCACAAGUGCUGCCAGGCAGGCAGGAUUACUGCAUCGUACAGGUGCCUGCGUUACUUUCGCGAGAGGUGUAGGCAAAGUGUGGCUUCCUGAUAAAGAAUACUAUGAUCAGUUCAAGUUUCCAGUUUUGUACCCAGAUGAGUCUCUUUCGGACUGGAAAUUGCCACCUUUUAAUGAAAAGGCCAUAGUAAAAGAAAAGCAAGUACAGAAUGUCACCCUAAACUUUGGACCUCAGCACCCAGCAGCGCAUGGUGUCCUUAGACUGGUUCUCACACUAGAUGGAGAGACAAUUGAGCGAGCAGAUCCUCACAUUGGACUUCUACACAGGGGUACAGAGAAACUUAUUGAAUACAAGACAUAUUUACAGGCUAUGCCAUACUUUGAUCGCCUGGACUAUAUGUCGAUGAUGAGCAAUGAACUUGGGUUUAUUCUUGCUGUGGAGAAACUUCUGAACAUUGAAGUUCCUCCACGGGCCAAGUGGAUUCGAACGAUGUUCUGUGAGAUUACCCGACUUUUGAACCACAUCCUGGCUAUAAGUUCUCAUGCGCUGGAUGUAGGCGCUAUGACACCUUUCUUCUGGCUUUUUGAAGAACGAGAAAAGCUAUGUGAAUUCUAUGAACGUACAUCAGGAUCUCGAAUGCAUGCUGCUUAUUUUAGACCUGGAGGUGUGGCCAUAGAUCUGCCGCUUGGGCUGCUGGACGAUAUUCAUGAAUUUCUCAGCAAGUUUGGUCAGCGACUGGACGAAGUGGAUGAUCUGCUGACUGAAAACAGGAUUUGGAAGGCCCGCACAAUUGACAUAGGAGUUAUUACUGCUGAAGAAGCACUAAAUUAUGGAUUCAGCGGUGUUAUGUUGAGAGGCUCAGGGAUUAAAUGGGACUUGCGUAAAGUUCAGCCAUAUGAUGCCUACGCUGAGGUGGACUUUGAUGUGCCCAUUGGUAGGAAUGGAGAUUGUUAUGACAGAUACCUGAUCCGAAUGGAAGAAAUGCGCCAGAGCAUGCGAAUAAUCCACCAGUGUAUGAACAAAAUGCCACCUGGAGAAGUAAAGGUGGAUGAUAACAAGAUCACGCCCCCAAGAAGAGCAGAAAUGAAGAACUCUAUGGAGGCCCUAAUUCAUCACUUUAAACUCUACUCUGAAGGAUUCCAGGUUCCACCUGGAGCUAGUUACACAGCCAUUGAGGCUCCAAAGGGUGAAUUUGGUGUUUAUCUUGUGUCUGAUGACAAUAAACCGUACAGAUGCAAGAUAAAAGCCCCAGGCUUUGCACAUUUGGCUGGGCUCGACCGACUGUCAAGGAAACACUUGCUUGCUGACGUUGUUGCUAUCAUUGGAACACUUGAUAUUGUCUUCGGAGAAGUGGACCGCUGAUCAAACAAAUGUCUGAAGAAAUACUAAGGAUUAAAAAGAAAGCAAAACAAAUGUAAUCCAAGUGAACUUUGCUCACUCUGAUGAUGCUCAUCCACAGACUUUUUUCUUUCAUUAAGAAGAUUGGUUGUCAUUGCGCAAUUCUUAGACCAUUUUAAUAUAUAAAUUUAUGUCUUUCUUAUGGUCAUUUUUAAUUUUUGUAUAUACACAUAGUAAUACACUACAUGCAGUGUUUUAUAUUUAUUUAUAAAUGUAGAGUUUUUUUAACUUAUAUAGGGAAUAUGCUUAUGAUUAAGCUGCUUAAUAUUUCUCGUUCUCUCACUCUACCAUUUAUACGACUUUCAGACUCCACAAAUUGCAUAUGCAGACAAUUGGUUUUUCAACAAUACUUUAAAAAAAUCUUUAGAUAAUUGUGUGAAAAUGAAACAUGCAGCACAAUUGUUGAAGUCAGAAACUGUUAUAUUUUAGAUUUCAAAUUCAACAGAAUCACAUUUUCUUAUGGAUGCUUAAAGAUAUUUGUAAAUAAGAAAUGAGAACCAGCAUAUUGCAGCUUAGCUGAAAUUAAGUUGCAUAAUUGUACCUCUGAUUGAUCAUGACAUCAGACAGACCUGACUUGACAUCUAAAAUGGAUGCUUAAAAUAUUAGCUAUUUCCAGGACUGUAAUAAUUAAUUUCUAUGUGUUCUUUUUAAGCACUCUUCUUUUUUUUUAACCCAAGGUAAUUCUAACAAUAAAAGAUUUUUUUGAACUCUUUCAAAUCACCGUUGAGUCAAAUCCCAAACAUUUUAUUUCAUCUGAGAUGGGCUUUGGAUCCAUCAAAGCUUACAAAUAACUGCUCAUGCAUGUAGAUUAGAAUUAUACUGAAGGGGGUCUCUGGAUUGAAAUGUGAAUACAACAUGACCAUUUACAAAUUAAACUUGCUAAUACAAAUUUUAUCUGCUGAAGCUAUAACAUUUAAGAGCUAAUAGUUCUAUGACUUGAAAAUUUUUAAAUCGAUGUAAUCUUUAAGUAUGUCUGACUUCUUGAAAGGAUGUUAGUUUUAUAAGCACGCCAUAUGUAUAUUUGGGGGAGAAGAGUGGUUAGUGGUUAGAGCGCUGGUGUCCAAACUGAGAGGCAUGUUGGUUCAGUACUCCCUUAUUUCCCCUAGGUGAUCCAGCCACCAUAAACGGGUAUUACUGACUUCCUUCGAGGGUUGUGGAAGAUAAGGCAGCUAGAGAGAGGAGAUGGGCACUGUUUUCAUGUAAAGCUGUCCCUGAGAAAAGUGAUGUUCAUCCCAUUCCCUACCUAGCUAAAAAAAAAAGGUCAUGGGAUGACAUUUACCCUACAUGUGUAUAUAAUGGUCAGGUGUUAUUGAGGGGGAGAUUUAACAGCUUUGUGGUUAAUGACCUUAAGUGCAGAAGUUCAUGUGUUUGAGGCUCACUGAGACAAUGGACUGAAAAGUUUCUGCCCACCCAGCACUGAUGAGCAUCAGAUUUAUCGGGCAUAGUGACAGGCAGUGGAAGGAGAGUUUGACCUCUGCCUUUCACAUGACUUGCCCUAAACAUGAUGAAAUACUGUUCACUGACAGUAUAGCUUAGGCUGGGAAAUUAGACCUACCUAUAUCUCUUGACUUGACUAUUGGCAUUUUUCACCUUUACCUUAAACUGAUAUUGUUUUUAUCCAAGUCUCAGCUAUAAGAGGCUUGCAAGUCCUACAGAGCUCAAGAUAUUUUCUAUAUAUAUAUAAUCCAGUGUGUUUGAUAGUGCUGGUUCUGAAAUCAGAAAUCAACUGCAAGCAUAUUAACAUUAUAUUAAAAGCAUCACUAACCAAUACUUCUUUUUCACUUUGUGUGUUUAUAUGAAAUGUGCAAUCAAAUGUGUUUUAAAACGCUGCUAAAAUCUUCGCCUGUAUACAUUUGAAUUAAAUAUUAAUUGAUGUUUACCUAGAAAGAGAAUAAACUUAUUAUAUAUAAUACAUAAAAA